AUGGCUUUCCGGCACAUUUUAGCUUCCCACGGGGAGCUGCUCCCCAACUCUCAGCGUCGAGGUCCCAACCUUCUCCCGCGAGGGCACACCCAAGCGCUCUACACGCGGGCCUGGGGUCCCAAAGUCCCUGGGUCCGGCUGGGGCCCCUUUUCUUACUCCAGCCCCAGGGCCGCCGCCGAGAAACUGGAGAGCCGCUCCACUGAGACCGGAGAGGACGCGGGGCCGCGGGGAGAGGUGGCGUGCUGCCAGCCAUCCUUCGGCUGCUCCGCGGGUGGAGGGGACAGCUGCACCUCCUCUCCGCAGGCGGGCUGCUCACUGCGGGAGGGGGACGCGGCGGAGAGCGGCCAGGGCUGGCUUGGCUGGACUGCAGCCGGCGGCUUCGAGGGUGGCGGAGGGGCCUGCACUGCGGGCGGAAGCGACGGAGGCUACGGGGGGGUUGAUACUUUAGAGAUGGGCUUGCUCUCAGCUAAUAUGGAAGAUGGUGUAUCCUUUCUACACCCCAGCAAUGAGCUCUGCCUGCAGCCUCUGGCAAUCAAGGAGAACCAUGGAGAAGUACAGAUCCGACUGCAUCUCAAUUGCAGUCAUUGCUUUUUGAAAGGCUGCCAAUGGCAGGCAGAGUUCCAGCUGGCCAAAUGCAUGUUCCCAGAGGGCAUGGAGCUAGCUGUGGGUAACAUCCCCUGCAUGCAUGCGUAUGUUUUGCCUUUGUCCAAGGCUCUGAUUCUAUUGGUAGCUGUGGGGGCGACUUCUACACUGAGCCUCCUUAUGGUGUGUGUGGUCCUGAUUCUGGGUAUGGAUCAUCCAUGGCAGGGCCUGUGGAGGACAAGGCUGCCAGGCCCUGUGCUCAAACUGAGUGAGCUUCGGACAUUCACCAUCAGGACAGCCCCCUGCUGCCAGAUGGGGCCUGGCCCAGCCCAGUCCCAGCCUCCACUUCCAGGGCUUUCUGAUGUUUCCCCAGCCAACCUGUCUUCAUGCAGAGACCUGGGCUGUGGUGCCUUUGGAGAGGUCUGUGGGGGUCUGGUGAUUGGCCUUCCUGGGGACCCCCCACCUCUGUAGGUGGCUAUCAAGACCUUGCCAGAACUCUGCUCUCCACAGGAGGCACCAACUUCCUCAGGCACUCUCAUCAGGUGCACCUGGGGCCAGAGGCCCCCAGAACUGCCUGCAGGAAGAGCCUCUCUUCACCCUGGGGCUGAGAGGUAG